UCUAAUCAUGCCGGUGGUGAAAAUGUCAACACGUGUGUCCUGUGGCAGAGACUUUCAUUGUUGUCCAAAUAUUAAUGAUACGUUAGAUCAGGCUUGCAAGUCGGGAUUUGAUUUUGUAUGUUUUCCAAUUGUUAACCCACGUUACAAGAGAGAAUUCAUCCAUGGACCUGCCAAGGACAGACCAGGAGCCAUUACCAGAUCUGAUAUGCUUCUCACAGGACAAGACUGGAAUUCAUUGGUUGUUGGAAAGAUAUCACCAUGGCUACAACCAGAUUCUAGGGUUGAUGUGAUAAGAAAGAACUCUGAGGCAGCUUUAAGACAGGAGUUAACCUUUGCUAGUCACUUAGCUAUACCAUCUGUACUGAUACCACUGAAAAAUGGUAAUAUUACAAAUCUAGCCAGAAUUCUCAAUGAACAUCUUGUUAACAGCUACGCUAAUCAGCAAUACUGGAUCCAUGUCCCAACAAUGUCUCCAAGGGACCAGAUUGAUCCUUUGAUUGAGGGUCAGACAGAGGAGAUAGAAAACCCAGAAGACACAUGGACAUGGUGGCACAAAUUCAGGACUCUAUGUGAUUCCCACAAGAGAGUUAGUGUUUGUUUAGAACUUACACCAGACAUGCCAUCUGUAGAAGUCCAGAAAAGAUGGUUAGCAGAGCCUGUGAAAUCAUGCUCUAUCUCUACUAGCCUGUUCCUAACCAAUAAGAGAGGCUAUCCAGUGUUAACCAGAGCUCAUCAGAUAUUCAUUCUUAUGUUAUUCAAGUUGGAAGUCCAGAUUAUCAUAACAGGUACAAACAGACACCUAGACAAAGGUAUCCACACCUACCAACAGUACCUAGAUCAUUUGUUUCAGACCCAGCCACCACCAGAUCCCGUAGCACAGUUUGCUAAAGGAUAUGAAGACUACUUACAGAGUCCAUUACAGCCACUGAUGGACAACUUAGAAUCACAGACAUAUGAGAUCUUUGAAAAGGAUCCUGUCAAAUAUUCACAAUAUCAGAAGGCUGUGUAUUAUGCUUUGUUAGACAAAGUCAAACCAGAGGAAAAAGAUACAAAAGAAAUUGUUUUAAUGGUUGUUGGUGCUGGGCGUGGACCAUUAGUCAGGGCAUCUAUAGCAGCUGCACAGCAGGCAGGCAGGAAGGUGAAAAAGAUCUAUGCUGUGGAGAAAAAUCCUAAUGCUGUUAUCACGUUAGAGAAUAUGAAAGAUGAGAUGUGGGGAGACCAAGUAGAAGUUAUAUCAUGUGACAUGAGAAAGUGGGAGGCCCCACAGAAAGCUGACAUUUUAGUGAGUGAAUUACUGGGGUCAUUUGCUGAUAACGAGCUGUCACCAGAAUGUCUUGAUGGAGCACAGCGAUUCCUUAAGGAGGAUGGAAUCAGCAUUCCGUGUGAAUAUACUUCAUUCCUAGCACCAUUGCAGUCGGAGAAACUUCACAAUGAAGUCAGAAACUGUAAAGAUAAAGAUAAACAACCUGAUCAUUAUUUUGAGAUGCCCUAUGUUGUCAGACUACACAAUUGUCAAGUCUUAGACGAACCAAAGAAAGUUUUUGUCUUCAAACAUCCAAACAGGGAUGAAGUAAUAGACAAUACACGACACAUUAGUUUAGACUUUGAUAUACAGAAUGAUGCAUUGCUGCAUGGGUUCUCUGGUUAUUUUGAAACUGUACUGUAUGCAGACAUUAAUCUUAGUAUAUUACCAUCUACCCAUUCACAAGGAAUGUUCAGUUGGUUUCCUAUAUACUUUCCAAUCAAGACUCCAUUGUUUUUGAAGAAAGGUGAUACAGUUUCCGUUGAUCUGUGGAGAUGUGUUAGUGAGAAAAAUGUCUGGUAUGAAUGGGCCAUUACCAAACCUCAAAUCCUACCCAUUCAUAAUCCUAAAGGCAGAUCUUAUACUAUUGGUUUAUAGACAAUCCAUACACAAUCUCAUUGAGAAGAAAAUGUUCAUAAUUUGCCAUUAUGUGAAUUAGAUCUGCUAAGAAAAGCAAUGAACAAAAUUUUCCAUUGUUUACAUGAAUUUAUUGUUUGAUACAUUUUUACUGUAUAUUGUGAUUGAAAAAUUGGUAAUGAUAAAUACUCCUGAUAUUAGAUAUAAGGAAUAGGUAAUGAAAUACUUUGGAUAUGAAAUUUCUGUUGUAAGAUAGUAUACUAUGUGAUCUGGUUCAACCAAACUUCUGAUUUAUAUUGGACAAAUAUUGUUAACUUUUUAUAAUACAAUGUAUAAUUAUUUACACUUUUGGUAUCAAGUAAUCUUGCAUUUGUAAUUUUAAUUAUGUUUGUGAGAGGUUCUUCAUUACCCUCUGAGAUAAAGAAUGAGACAAGAGAUAGGAAUAUAAAAUUUCAACAAUCUCAGGUCAAACUGCUCUAAGAUUGAACAUGCAUGUAGAUGAAGUACUAACAGCACAAAAACUGAAAUAUUUGUAAAGUUGAACUUGUAUUCUAAUACAUGUUAAAUGAAUUACAUAUAGGUAAUGACCAUUUGUGGGAAGGAAAAUUUUGGACCUGAAAUCUGUGUCUGUAUAUCAGCAUUUUUUUUGUUUGUUAAUUUUUACAUUACAUUACAAAUUGCAAAGUGUUCAAAAUUUUGAUUUAUUUACCUGUUAUCACAAACAAGUGAAAUGAAAUAAAAUCAACAAAUUUUUA